GAGAAAAAUAAAAAUGUAAAGUUAAAAAAAACGAGCUAAAUAAGAAAUCAGAAUUAAUUAAUCUCUUUUAGAAGCAAAAUGUAGUAGUUUAAGUUUUUUGUUUUGUUUGUUGUUUUCUUUUUUCUUCAUUAAUUCAAAAUACUUAGUUAUUCAAUAUCUACGUUUGUAGAUAGAUUUGAAUGGUAAAAAAUGUAAAUGUCAACAACGUCAAAAUCAAGGUUUUUUUUUGCAUUGGUUGGAUGCCUUGAUGCUAAUAACGAUUGUUGUGUGAAUGAUGUUUUCGGUGAUUUAAUAAGUGUGUUAUAAGUUUGUGACAAUAUGACAAAAAUUAAAUAUGAUUAUGCUGAAAUGUCCGAAAUAAUACCCGGAUUAUAUCUAAGUUCAAUUGAUUCGGCUCUUGAUUCACAAACAUUAACAUCAUAUUCAAUUAAAACAAUUGUAUCGGUACUAUCAAAUCUACCGAAAUUCAAUCGAAUUGAUUCGAUCGAUUAUUAUUAUAUCGAAUUAGAUGAUGACGAACAACAGGAUUUACUUGUACAUCUGGAUCAAACAUUUCAAAUUAUUGAACAAUCAUUGAAAAAUAAUCGUAAUGUUCUUGUACAUUGUGCAUUGGGAGUUUCACGUAGUUCAGCUACCGUAAUGGCCUAUCUGAUGUGUAGCCAAAAAUCUUCAUCAUUUAAUGAUGCAUAUCGUUUAGUGAAAUCAAAACGUACUAUAAUUGGGCCAAAUUUUGGUUUCCGUCGACAAUUAGCUUUAUAUGAAAAACUUGAUUGUGAUUUAUCUAUGACAAAUAUCUGGAUGAGACGUUACAUUUUUAAUCGUUUGGUUCAUUCAUACUCGGACUCAUAUUAUGAUCAUCAACAACCAAUUCAUUGUCAAUCACGUAAAGCAAAAAAUUUUUCUCAUUAUUUAAAAAUGUUUCAAGGAUAUUUUGAACAACAACAACAACAAAGCCAAUCGAUUGUUUGUCAACCAAAUUUUGUCUAUUACAAAUGUAAAUCAUGUCGAUCAAUUUUAUUCAAUCAAAAUGAUCUUAUUGAUCAUGAUAAUAAUGGUGAAUAUAGUAAUAAUGAUACUCAUAAAAAAAUUACAAAUCAUCAUCAUCAUCAUCAUGGAUCAAAUAAAUCAAUUGAUGGCACAAUAUACAUUAUGAUUGUCAAAUGGAUUGCCGAUGAUUUGUUAAAAUAUUUUGAUUCGUUAAAAAAAUCAGGUAAAAUUGAUUGCCCCAAAUGCCAAACUAAAUUAGGUCGUUUUGAAUGGAAUCGACCAUAUAAUUAUCGCCGUUAUACAUAUACAGUACAAUAUGAUGAUUGUCAAUGGAUGAAUGAAGUGAUUGUACCAUUAGUAUUAUCGAUUACACAAUCAAAAAUUGAUACAUACAUUGUUCAAUGAUGACUUAAUUUGUUAAAAAAUUAUCCUCUUUUUUUUUGUUUUGAUAAAACGAUUUUGUUUGAUGAAAUUUUAA